AUGCCCCCAGAAGUAUUCCAUUGCCAUCCUCUUGUUACUCCACGGAUUCCAGUUCUGCCCCGAGUCCCAUCCAAAUCCGAGAAAAAACAAACGUUGCAAAAGAAAUUUCAUCGAAGAAGGAUGAAAUUUACGAAAAGGAAGCUCAUACCAGUUCUUGUUUUCAUUCUAUUGAUUGCUUCAAUCCUCCGACUUCUCAAACUCACAAUGAUAACUUCAUCUCCGUCUCUGCCUCCAUCUGGAUCGCUUCUUUUUCGUCAGCAGAAGUGUUCGUUAUCUUCUUCAAAUUGCAGGAAUAACACCGGUAUUAUUACUGAAAAGGAAAAUCGAUUUCUCUUGGAUCUUGUUUCUCGGAGAAUUCCCUGCAAACUUCUUGUUUUUGGGCUAGAACCACAAUACUUGAGCCUUGCCUCCUUGAAUGAUGGUGGAUUCACCGCCUUCAUUGAUGACGAUCCCGAGAAAGUAAGCACUGCGAAAGCUAUAAAGAAGACUCGAGUUUACAAAGUAGAGUACCAGACUAUUGCUGCUGAAGCAUUCGAGCUACUCAAGCAUGCCAGAGAAAAUCCAGAUUGUGCACCUAAGUUUCAUCUGCCCAAAUUGUCAACGUGCAAACUGGCAUUAACAAAUCUCCCACAAGAAGUUUAUAACACAAAGUGGGACGUUGUGGUGGUGGACGGACCGCAAGGGGACACACCAGAUUCCCCGGGGAGAAUGGCGGCCAUCUACACUGCUAGUAUACUAGCACGAAAAGGAAAUGUGACCGACAUUUUAGUACAUGAUGUAGAUAGAAUGAUCGAGAAGUGGUUCUCGUGGGAAUUCCUGUGUGAAAAGAACUUGGUUUCGUCGAAGGGAAGAUUUUGGAAUUUUCGAAUACUCAGGGAACCUAAUGGUACUAAAUUUUGCACGAUAUAA